GCGAGGAAUUAAAACUUCUCCCCAUUUUCGCCUCUUCCUUUGUUGUUUUGAAUUUUUGAUUUACAGGCAUGCCGCCUUCGUUUAUUUUUGGGGAUUGUGUUCUUGAAAGGCAAACAUGAAAUCCGAAUGGAGGAAUUAUAAUGGUGGCUCUGUGUCCUCAUCAUCUGAAUACGCGAUUAAUCUGCAAGCAAUCAUGGCGUCUCAUCACCAUUCUCAAGCUCAAAUGCAACACCAUAUCACAUAUCCACCAACUCCAAGCUCAAGCCCUCACCAAUGGCUGCCUCUCUCCGCUCAACCAAACUCCUCUCCUCACCCAAAUCCUCCACUCCUUCACUUCCCUCCUUCCCCUCCCCGCCUCUACACCCUCCAUUGCCACCCACCUUAACUACGCCACCGCCAUUUUCAACCUCAUUCGCACCCCGUCUUCCUUCUGUUACAACACCCUCAUUCGAUCCCACGCCCUUCUUUCUUCCCCCACUACUGCCCUCGGCUUCUUUACUGAAAUGCAGAGAUCCGGCGUCCCCCCUGACUCGCAUACUUUCCCUUUUGUGCUCAAGGCCUGUGCUUCUUUGGGUUCGAGUUUUCUUGCACGGGCGCUCCAUUGUCAAGCCCUGAGAUUUGGGUUCUUGGUGGAUGUGUAUGUGGUCAAUAAUCUUGUUCAUGCCUACUGUUUGAACGGCGGAGUUGAGGAUGCGUUUCAGGUGUUCGAUGAAAGUUGUGACAGAGAUGUGGUUUCGUAUAAUGUGAUGAUUGAUGGGUUUGUUAAAGCCGGCGAGACGGGGAAGGCGAGGGAGUUGUUUGAUGAAAUGCCUGUGAGAGACACGUUCUCUUGGGGUGCCCUUAUUGCAGGCUAUGCAAAAAUGGGCCAGUGCAGGGACGCUAUCAGCCUGUUCGAUCAAAUGCUUGACUUGAAUGUUCUGAAACCUUGUAAUACAUCAUUGGUUUCGGCUCUCUCAGCUUGCUCGCAGCUGGGGGAGUUAGAGAAAGGAAUGAACAUACACAAUCAUAUCAAGCAAAAUGGAGUCUUUAUAGAUGCAUACUUGGCCACUGGCCUGGUCGACAUGUAUGCCAAAUGCGGCUGCAUAGAGGCAGCUCGGGAGGUGUUCGAGACAUGUAUCGAAAAAAAUCUCUUCACAUGGAAUGCCAUGCUUGUUGGAUUAGCCAUGCAUGGUCAUGGCAAAUCGCUGCUCGAUUACUUCUCACAAAUGGUGGCUUCUGGCACAACACCUGACGGGGUAACCUUCCUGGGAGUGCUAGUGGGCUGCAGCCAUGCAGGCAUUGUUGACGAAGCAAGGAAGCUUUUCGGGGAGAUGGAGAGCGUCUAUGGAGUCCCCCGAGAGCUGAAGCACUACGGGUGCAUGGCAGACUUGCUGGGACGCGCAGGCUUGAUCAAGGAAGCCAUGGAGAUGAUAGAGGGAAUGCCAAUGAAGGGGGACGUGUUCGUGUGGGGGGGUUUGCUUGGAGGGUGCAGGACGCAUGGGAAUGUGGAGGUUGCAGAGAAAGCUGCUGAGAGGGUAAUGGAGAUGAAGCCUGAAGAUGGAGGGGCUUACUCCAUACUGGCAAAUGUUUAUGCCAAUACAGAGCGUUGGGAUGAGUUGGUGAAGAUUAGGAGAGUGAUAGAUGGUGGGAGAAGCAUAAAGAAGAAUGGUGGUUGCAGUUUGAUUCAUUUGAAUUGUAUCAUAUAGAAAGAAAGCUUUAUAUCUUGGGAGAGGCAAAUUAGUUACUCGGACAAUAUCAAAAAGUACAUUU